AAAGAUAGCCAGCCCACGCAUUGAUAGCCACAAGAGAGAAAACAUUAUCGCAGAUAAAGGAGAAGUAAUUGAGGAAUCUGAUCGGAGCUGAGAGCGUGACACAAGAUGAAAGCAUAUAUAUUUGAGUUUAUGCGCUAUUUGUACAACACAUUGUUGUUUGCAAUAUUAUAUUCAAAUGAAAUCCAUUAUCAUUUGAAAUCUUGAAAUGACCGAAAGACACUUCGCGUAUGUUGGAUCGUGUUGUAACAAGAUACACAAUAAAUUUCCCUAUGUUAUAACAUUUGUCGAGCUCUGUUAAGGCUUUAGAGCCUUCACACAGAUUUUAAAAUAUCCCCCGAAGCGGACCCUCUUCGGUCAGUUCGUCGUGGUUUCUAUAAGAGUGCGGCUUUGGGAGCGGAUAUAUCAGAACCCUUUUGUUAAGUGAAAUAAUUGAAUGGGAAGUUCAAAUAAAAUAUUCCUACAAUAAAUUACGAAAAAUCUACGAAAUGUACACAAAUAAUGAUUUAAAACCAUUCAAUAGUGAGAAUUACAUUUUUUUAUUGGGACAAUUAUUUAAGUCUAAAUUAGUUCCCUGCAUUAUUUUAAUAAAAAGAAGUGGGGAUAACCCAAGAACUAAGCUGCCCGGUGUGGAAAUUGGAAAAUUCAGAAACGAUAUAUGGAAUGAAGAGGCCACUAAGCCUACCCCAAAGGAUUAAAACGCAAUACGAGAGUCGCUUGGUCAUGGCGCGUGAGUCUAACGUCUAAUCCUACAUGAAAUUGACGUUUGAUUGCAAGACACACACACCCAGCCAUGGGGGAGGAUAACUUUCCACCUGCCCGAUCCGUGCUAUGCAUUAAACAAGGAGAGGAGCCCGUUCAAACCCACACAGCGCUAGGAGCGGCUUCCCGAACGUGACACAUGGCGAUGUCCUUUUAUGCCACUGAGAAAUACACCAUCACCUGGGGCAUGUGUUGCAAGCAGUCCGUGCUUCACUGCCGCCACUCCAGCAGCAGCAGCAGAUCUGAUUGCGACGACUGCUGCCUGGAGAACGAGCCAUUUUUGGAUGCCGGAAAUCUGACAGCGGAGACAGCUCUUCUUAUGGAUACAUGGGGCGACACAGCUGACACAGCGGAGCAGCUGAGUGCAUAUGACCUGGAAAUGGGGUUUUAGCAAAUCGAGAUCAAAUCAGAUUUUACAUUUCCAUGCUAUAUAAGCGGCAGGUCGAGGGCACCGAGGCAUCAAACACAGCUUAGCUCUUAGGGUUAAAACAGCAAAAGACCAUAAACCAUAAGAUCAUCUCAACCUAAGCCUGGCGAAAAUGUCGAAGAUGCACAUUGUUGUUCUUGUUGCUGCCGCUUCCGUCCUGAUGGCCGGAGUGCGAGUGCUGGCGCUUCCCUCGGACUCAGCCGAUGCCCACGCCGAGAUCCGUAGCUUUGUCAACGAGCUGAAGCAGGACGACGGCAGCUACAACUACCAGUUCGAGACGACCAACGGCAUUGCCCAACAGGAGCAGGGAGUGGGCGGCUACUACGCCUCCGGCUCGUCACAGUACUACAGCCCGGAGGGCCAGCUCAUCCAGCUGACCUACACGGCCGACGAGAAUGGCUUCCAGCCUCAGGGCGAGCACCUGCCCACGCCACCACCCAUCCCGGAGGCCAUUCUCAAGUCGCUGGAGUGGAUCCGCAACCACCCAGAGGAGAACGACGAGUACGAGCACCACGAUCACGGCCAUGGUCAUGGUCAUGGGGCCGAGCAGGGUAAACAGUAUCUGCAGCAGGAACAGUCGCGGCAGCUGCCAGUGGGCCCUCAGCUUGCUCCGGUCUCAGCGCCGGCAGCAGCAUCUGGUCUUCCCUACGAGAGGAAGAUUUGAAUAAGUGGCGCCCCCAGCUCGUGCCUCGUGCUCCCCUUCAUCUUGUCCAUUGCCAGAAAAAACACACGCAUUGUAUAUAGUGUAGACCCCAUCCACAUCAACAUAAACAUGCUCCUGGGCCGCUCGAUUGCGUGUCCGUUGUCGGCUCGGCUGACGUUCACAUUUAUUGCCAGAGAUAAUAAUAGUAUAAUAAAAGAAAAGUACAAUUAAA